UUACUGAAUCUCGUAUGUGGGUUCAAACCAAGCAGUGUGGUUUGGUCGGGUAGAUGGUCGCAGACCGCUAACGUCCGGUUGACCUCCCGCCUGCUGCUGUUGGGGGGCGGAAAGGACCAGCAGGGAGACAUGGACAGCGACAGGAAGGUGUCCUUUAGCGGGCUACCGACCGCCGCCGCCUCACCAGCAGCAGCCUAUCAGAGCAGCGCCUGCUCGAGUACCCCUCACCACGGCAGGACCAGACACGAAGAGUCGAGUGCGUUCCCCCUCAGCGACUCCCCGGGGUCUGAGCGCCUCGGGGCGAUGAGACUGGACUCCCCUAAGAGAAAAGCACAGGUGCUCAGUAAAAGUGCGCCAUCUGCAGGCAAAAACAAGCUGAGAAAACUCUCCAGGCAAGAACCGUGGACUUUUAAAACCGUUAAGCGUUCUUCAGAAGAGCUACUCCAGCUAGACGAAUCUCCAACGAGCCGUGAAGUAUCACCGACUUCACAGCAUUCGUUCGUCGUGAAAAAGAAAUGGAGGACGCCUGAGGAGGGAUCGAGGGCCAUCUGCCGCAUGGCUCUGAUCGCGGCUAUUGGCGAGACGACAACGGGUUUGAGCACAUCUGAGACCCCCAGCCCCGCGCCUGAGAGCGUCCCUUCGGCCCUUCUACCUGCGCCUGAACAGACCGAGGAGCCUUCUCACAGUAAUGCGGACAGCAGCAGCGUCUGGAGCAGUCGUGACAAGUAUGAGGACGGAGGCUCCCCUGUCUGGGUGUUUGAGGACGCAGCAUCACAAAGUUACAGCUCACGCUCUACAGCAGCUGCCAGGGAGCCUGUUUUUCUGGAGACCGCCCCACAGGGGAGAUUAUUCGCCCCGGAGAAUGAGGCUGAAGACCGGGGACUGUCCGUCGCUGAGCUAGAGCAUCUUCCCCACUCUUCUCCUGCGUCUCCCCCUCCACAGAACAGCCUGCAGGAUUGGGCUCCGUUAGCUUCUCUGGGGGCCACGACGUCUUCGGCCUCCUUUUUACCCGCCGCUGAAUCCGCUGGAGCUACGCAGGCAGCUGCCGAGGACACGGAGUCGCGCUUCUUACCAGUAAAGAGGACCGUUUAUUUUUCGUUCAAGCGGCCCGACAGACCAAACUUGGCGCCCUUUAGUCCUUUCACAGCUGAGACUCAGAGCUUCCCCUCAUUCGUCAAAGCCAAUACGUUGGAUCCUUUCUCUCUGCCGCUGUGUUCAGCUGAAACGGCGUCGGACUUCUCCAUGAACCCCGCGGCGCCACGCAGACAAAGUGACCAUUCCUCUUCCACGCGUCGCCCCCCGUCCUCCGCCCCGGGGACUUCCAGGUCCGCCAGGCGUCUGUCCCUGGGGGCGGAGCCUCUGUGGACCAGUUACCCUCACGUCAACGCUCAGGCCGGCUUCAUCGACACACACUGCCAUCUGGACAUGCUCUACGGAAAACUGGGAUUCAGGGGGACGUUCGGCCGCUUUCGGCAGCUUUACGGCAGCAGCUUCACCCCCGAGUUUCACGGCUGCAUCACGAACUUCUGCAACCCGCAGGUCAUGGCCAAGGAGGCCUUGUGGGAAGGUUUGCUCUCCGAGGACAUGGUGUGGGGGGCUUUUGGCUGCCACCCACAUUUCGCCAAAGCCUACUCCCAUAUUCAGGAAAACAACAUACUGAUGGCCAUGAGGCAUCCGAAAGCCGUGGCGUUUGGUGAAAUGGGGCUGGAUUACUCCCACAAAAACUCCACUGACACUUCAAGGCAAAAACAAGUGUUUGAACGUCAGCUGCGUUUGGCCGUGGCCAUGCAGAAACCGCUGCUGAUCCACUGCAGGGACGCAGAUGACGACCUGCUGGAAAUCAUGAAGAAAUGCGUGCCCAGAGAUUACAAAAUUCACAGACACUGUUUCACAAACAGUUAUUCUGUGAUCGAGCCCUUCCUGACAGAGUUCCCCAACCUGUACGUGGGUUUCACAGCGCUCAUCACCUACACCAAGGCCAGGGAAGCCCGCAGCGCCGUCCGCCAGGUCCCUUUGGACCGCAUCGUCCUGGAGACGGAUGCACCGUAUUUCCUGCCAAGACAGGUGGGGCGAGGCGUGAGCCGCUUCUCUCACCCAGGAAUGGGCAUCCACACGCUGCACGAGCUGAGCUGGCUGAAGGGAGAGGACGAGGCCACGGUGCUGAACGCCGUGCGGAACAACACCUCUCUGCUCUACUCCAUAUGAUCCUUCCCCAGGAACGAAGCGGCGACACGACCGAUACAUACAUGCCAGCUUUUUGUUUUGGAGUUCUAAGUCUACCGAGCUCACGUGUUGAGAGUUUGGAAAACCAGUUUGAUUAUAAUGUUGUUUUAUUUUUAUUUUAAACUCUCAUUGCUCAACAAAUAAUAAAGGUUAAAAACAGACCUUCAUGAAACAACAACAACAUAAGACACACCCUAUAUGGCUGUUUAUCUGGUUAUGUUUUAGCUCAAUGUUUAUUCAAAUUAAUUCAGAAGCUGUUUUAAACUUUGUUUACUGUGAAGCCGAAUAUUAUUUGUUCUUUACAUGCCUGGAUGUUUAUCCACCUGCUGUGCGGUGUAGUUUGGUUUAAUGUGGUGGAGAUGUAUUAAAAGCCUUUAACUGGGACUCUUUAUUCCUUAGCGUGUUUACUUGAAUUGGUCAUAAAGGAGUGCAUGAUUAAGCGAGCACGUUUGGAGUUAGGCGUGAGUAAAGAUGGAAGCGCCUGUAUGGACAGCCCAUUAGCCUGUUUUUUACCUUGUCUUCAUCCCUCACAUGCUUUUUUUUUAUUUUAUUAGUCAUGCUGCAUUUUCUCGGGGCUGGCCUGCCAUUUAAGCGUAAUAAUAAUGUUACAAGGUGUUGUACUUGUGCAUCAGGUUUGAUGAGAGAUACGUGUUAUAAUGCCUACAACUUCCAUUUUGUCCAU